AUGUCGAACCGUCCUAAGCUAACUCGAGCGUUAAGCGUUAGGGAGCGAGUCGAGGACACUCUCGAUGCGCACCGCAACGAACUCGUUGCCCUUCUCUCCAGGUAUGUGGAGCAGGGAAAAAGCAUAUUGCAACCUCAUGACCUGCUCGAUGAGCUCGAGAAAGUCAUCAGCGGUGAUGAAGCCAAAGAGAAGCUCAAAGAUGGUCCUUUUAGCGAAGUCCUUAAAUCAACACAGGAAGCUAUUGUUCUGCCUCCAUAUGUGGCCAUAGCAGUUCGUCCAAGACCAGGUGUUUGGGAAUACAUUCGUGUUAAUGUGCAUGAGCUCAGUGUGGAAGAAUUGACUGUUUCUCAAUAUCUUUGCUUUAAAGAAGAACUUGUCGAUGGGGAGUCUAAUAACAAAUUUGUACUUGAGCUUGACUUUGAGCCGUUUAAUGCUUCUUUUCCUCGUCCAACCCGGUCUUCAUCCAUUGGCAAUGGUGUUCAAUUCCUCAAUCGCCACCUUUCUUCUGUUAUGUUCCGUAACAAAGAUUCGUUGGAGCCAUUACUUGAUUUCCUUCGAGCACACAAAUAUAAAGGGCAUGGGUUGAUGUUGAAUGAUCGGAUACAGAGCAUUCCCAAGCUUCAGUCAGUUUUGGGGAAGGCUGAGGAUUAUCUUUCUAAGCUUCCACCCGAGACACCUUAUUCUGAGUUUGAAUAUGUAUUACAAGGAAUGGGUUUCGAGCGAGGAUGGGGAGAUAAUGCAGUACAUGUAUUGGAGAUGAUGCAUCUUCUCUUAGAUAUCCUUCAGGCUCCUGAUCCUUCUAUAUUGGAGACAUUUCUUGGGAGAGUACCAAUGGUGUUUAAUGUUGUCAUUUUGUCUCCACAUGGAUACUUUGGACAAGCAAAUGUUUUAGGCCUACCUGACACUGGCGGGCAGAUUGUCUAUAUACUGGACCAAGUGCGUGCCCUUGAAAAUGAAAUGCUGCAUAGAAUUCAGAGGCAAGGAUUAGAUAUCGCUCCAAGGAUCCUUAUUGUGACCAGGCUAAUACCUGAUUCAAAAGGAACUACAUGCAACCAGCGUCUGGAAAGAGUCAGUGGAACAGAGCACACCCAUAUUUUAAGAGUUCCUUUUAGAUCAGAGAAAGGAGUUCUUCGUAAGUGGAUCUCAAGGUUUGAUGUAUGGCCUUAUUUGGAGACCUUUGCUGAGGAUGCUGCAAGUGAACUUACGGCUGAGUUACAGGGAUAUCCAGAUUUUAUAAUUGGGAAUUAUAGUGAUGGGAAUCUUGUUGCAUCUUUGUUGUCUUACAAAAUGGGAGUUACACAGUGCACGAUUGCGCAUGCAUUGGAGAAAACAAAAUAUCCAGAUUCAGAUAUAUAUUGGAAGAAGUUCGAGGAUAAAUACCAUUUCUCAUCUCAGUUCACGGCUGACCUUAUAGCCAUGAAUAAUGCAGAUUUUAUAAUCACCAGCACAUACCAAGAGAUUGCAGGAACGAAGAAUACUGUUGGUCAGUAUGAGAGCCACAGCUCUUUCACUCUUCCGGGUCAGUACCGAGUUGUUCAUGGAAUUGAUGUGUUUGAUCCAAAGUUCAAUAUUGUGUCUCCUGGAGCAGAUAUGGCCAUUUAUUUCCCUUACUCUGAAAAGACAAAGAGACUUACGUCCCUACAUGGUUCCAUAGAAGAGUUGCUGUAUGAUCCUGUCCAGAAUGACGUGCACAUUGGCACAAUAGAUGAUCGUUCAAAGCCCUUAUUGUUCUCAAUGGCAAGGCUGGACCGGGUGAAAAACAUAUCUGGGUUGGUCGAGUGCUAUGCUAAGAAUCCCAAACUGAGGGAUCUGGUAAACCUCGUCGUGGUUGCUGGUUACAUUGAUGUGAAGAAGUCAAAAGAUAGAGAAGAGAUUGAUGAGAUUGAGAAGAUGCAUGGUCUUCUAAAGGAGUACAAAUUAAAUGGUCAAUUUCGAUGGAUUUCAGCCCAAAAUAAUCGAGCACGUAAUGGUGAGCUAUAUCGUUACAUAGCAGAUACACGAGGUGCUUUUGUUCAGCCUGCAUUGUACGAAGCUUUUGGACUGACAGUUGUGGAGGCCAUGACUUGUGGCCUACCAACAUUUGCCACUUGCCAUGGUGGCCCUGCCGAGAUUAUUGAGCACGGUAAAUCAGGAUUUCAUAUUGAUCCUUAUCACCCUGAGCAGGCUGGUGCACUUAUGGCAGAUUUCUUUGAACGUUGUAAGGAGGAUCCAAGCUAUUGGAGUACAUUCUCAGAUGCAGGCCUUAAAAGGAUUUAUGAAAGGUACACAUGGAAGAUUUAUUCAGAAAGGCUAAUGACAUUGGCUGGUGUUUAUGGUUUCUGGAAGUACGUGUCAAAGCUAGAAAGGCGUGAGACCAGACGAUAUCUCGAGAUGUUCUACAUUCUGAAGUUCCGUGAUUUGGCAAAUUCUGUUCCUCCAGCAAGUGAUGAGUGA